UACUACUAUAAAAUUACGUGGAGGUCCGUGGGGUCGCGUGACCCCGUGUGACCCUAUGUGGGUCCGCCCCUGUCCGAUCCGAUUAAUAUCCGUUUACACCCCUAUGUAUGUGUGACCGAGGGGAUCGGAAGGAGGGUAGAAAUGGACGCCGGCGAUCAAUUGGCGAGCCGGCGACGAAAGGGUGUCGUGGAGCGGUGGCUGGGAAUGAGAGGGAUCAGCUGCUGCGGCGCCUCGUGGGGUUUCUUGCCGGCGACGGCCGCCGCAGUUACAGACGACGACGGAGUUGGGGAGAAUGGGCCGGCGCCGUCGUGUGCGGCGGAGACUCCGGCGGGAUCAGGGAUGAAUCUUGCUGCGGCGUUGGAGGCCGAGCGGCACUACAUGGCGGUUCGAGACGGAGGCCGAAUCGCACCGGCCAGAAUAUCGUUGAUGAGGUUGCUGGAGGAAACGGCCGAGGGCGGGGAUGGGGUGGAGAUGCAGAGCGGCGGCGGCGGCGACGCGGCGGCGUGCUGCGUGUGCAUGGGGAGGAGAAAGGGCGCAGCGUUUAUCCCGUGCGGCCACACCUUUUGCAGAGUGUGUUCGGCGGAGCUCCGCCUGAGCCGAGGCUCUUGUCCCCUCUGCAACCGAUCCAUUCUUGACAUUCUUCACAUUUACUAAAAAAAACAAGAGUUAAAAUAUAAAUAUUCAAUUCAAUUGUUUGGAGACCAUCUAUAAGACUAUAGAGUUUGAAAUCUUCACUUUCAAACGACAAAGCAUAACUUAGAUUUAUAAAGUUUGAAAUCUUCACUUUCAAUGUAGGAUCAUUAUUCUUCACACUAGACAUUAUUAAGUAUGAUUUAGAAAAUAAAAAAAAGUUUAAAUCCUA